AUGUACCUGCUGGACGGCAGCGGCGAACCCGCGUCUCCGCCCGCGGACGCGAUGCCGCGCGGGCCGCCCCCCAGGAAGACAGUCUACCGCAUCUCCGUGACCAUGGUCAGAAAGGAGCACCUGGGCGCGCCGGGCCCCGGCGGCUCCGACCCACGUCCGACUCGGAGGCCCCGGCCCGCGCGCUCCCCGGACGCGCCCAGGCGGCUCGUGGAGGAGGCGGCGGGCGCUGAGGACCCGGAGGACCACCGGCCGCCGCGCGCCUGGGACUUCCGCACCUUCCGCACCCGCAGCACCGGGCAGCUGGAACUCGGGCGGCUCCGGCCUUGCGCACGCGGCCCGGAGACCGAGGACCAGACCGGCAGGCCCCGGGCCAUGGAGGAGGAGGAGGACGAGUCGGGCUCGCCCGCGCCGGGCAGCCCGGACGUGGAGGGGACCCGGGCCGCGCCCCUGCGGCGGAGCCUCAGCUUCAGGCACUGGAGCCGACCCGAGGCGCCGCGAGGUCGGGCCCUGAGCCGCGGGAGGCGCCACAGCAGCUCCGGGAGCCUGGCCUGGGCGUCGGGCGGGGAGGAGGUGGUCGACCCCGGGGCCGCCCUGGAGCCCGCGGCCCCGGGGCAGCCCCCCUCGGAGAAGCGCAACACCCUGGACGUGGGUGAGGUGCUCAGCAAGAACGACGCGCUCUCGGACCUGGAGCGCUGGGAGCGCAGCAAAAGCAAGAACCGCACGCUGGACAACAGCGACCUGCAGCGGCUGGAGCGCGCGCGGGCGGCGGCGGCGGCCGCGGGCCCCGGCACAGCGUCGGAGCACCGGCUGCUGCGCUUCUUCAGCGGCAUCUUCGCGCGCAGGGACGGCGCGCCGGGCGGCGGGCCCUCCCCGCGGAGCGGCGCGUCGCGGUCGCGCGGCUACUUCAGCAGCCUGCGGCGGGCCCCGGUCGACGCGCACUCGUCCAGCGCAGAGAGCAUCGACGGGUCCCCGCGCAGAGAUGCCUUCGUGAACAGCCAGGAAUGGACGUUGAGUCGAUCUGUCCCAGAGCUCAAAGUGGGCAUUGUGGGGAACUUGGCCAGCGGCAAGUCGGCCCUGGUGCACCGCUAUCUGACCGGCACGUAUGUCCAGGAGGAGUCUCCCGAAGGUGGCAGGUUCAAGAAGGAGAUUGUCGUCGACGGACAAAGCUAUCUGCUGCUGAUCCGAGAUGAAGGCGGCCCCCCGGAGGCCCAGUUCGCCAUGUGGGUGGACGCCGUCAUAUUUGUCUUCAGCUUGGAGGACGAGAUCAGCUUCCAGACCGUCUACCACUACUAUAGCCGCAUGGCCAACUACCGCAACACAAGCGAGAUCCCGCUGGUCCUGGUGGGGACCCAGGACGCCAUCAGCUCCACCAACCCGCGGGUCAUCGACGACGCCCGGGCGCGGAAGCUCUCCAGCGACCUCAAGAGGUGCACGUACUACGAGACGUGCGCCACCUACGGGCUCAACGUGGAGCGCGUCUUCCAGGACGUUGCCCAGAAGAUUGUUGCCACGAGGAAGAAGCAGCAGCUGUCCAUAGGUCCCUGCAAGUCCCUCCCUAACUCACCCAGCCACUCGUCCGUCUGCUCCGCGCAGGUGUCCGCCGUACACAUCAGCCAGACGAGUAACGGGGGCGGGAGCCUGAGCGACUAUUCCUCCUCCGUGCCGUCCACGCCGAGCACCAGCCAGAAGGAGCUCCGCAUCGACGUGCCGCCCGCGGCCAACACGCCCACGCCUGUCCGCAAGCAGUCCAAGCGCCGGUCCAACCUCUUCACUUCUCGGAAAGGGAGUGACCCAGACAAAGAGAAGAAAGGCCUGGAGAGUCGAGCGGACAGCAUCGGGAGCGGUCGAGCCAUCCCAAUUAAACAGGGCAUGCUGCUGAAGCGCAGUGGCAAAUCACUGAACAAGGAGUGGAAGAAGAAGUAUGUCACCCUCUGUGACAACGGCGUGCUGACCUACCACCCGAGUUUACAUGAUUACAUGCAGAAUGUUCACGGUAAAGAGAUUGAUCUUCUGAGAACCACUGUGAAAGUCCCAGGGAAGAGGCCCCCCCGAGCCACGUCGGCCUGCGCACCCAUCUCCAGCCCGAAAACCAAUGGCCUGUCCAAGGACAUGAGCAGCUUGCACAUUUCACCAAAUUCAGGGAAUGUCACUAGUGCGCCUGGGUCUCAGAUGGCGAGCGGCGUCAGCCUGGGCUCCUUCAACAGCCGAGCGGACGGCAUGCAGCAGCGGUCCUACUCUGUCUCCAGUGCCGACCAGUGGAGCGAGGCUACGGUCAUUGCAAAUUCAGCCGUCAGCAGUGACACGGGGCUGGGUGACCCCCUGUGCUCAAGCCCCAGCAUUUCCAGCACCGCCAGCCCCAAGCUCGACCCGCCCCCCUCCCCUCACGCCAACAGAAAGAAGCAUCGGAGGAAGAAAAGCACGAGCAACUUCAAAGCCGACGGCCUCUCUGGCACCGCUGACGAGCAAGAAGAAAACUUUGAGUUUAUCAUUGUGUCCCUCACUGGCCAGACAUGGCACUUUGAAGCCACCACAUACGAGGAGCGAGACGCGUGGGUCCAGGCCAUUGAGAGCCAAAUCCUCGCCAGCCUGCAGUCAUGCGAGAGCAGCAAGAACAAGUCCCGGCUGACCAGCCAGAGUGAGGCCAUGGCCUUGCAGUCGAUACGGAACAUCCGUGGGAACUCCCACUGCGUGGACUGCGAGACCCAGAAUCCCAACUGGGCCAGUCUGAACUUGGGAGCCCUCAUGUGUAUCGAGUGCUCAGGGAUCCACCGGAAUCUCGGCACCCACCUCUCUCGAGUCCGGUCUCUGGACCUCGACGACUGGCCCAUUGAGCUCAUCAAGGUGAUGUCGUCCAUCGGGAACGAGCUGGCCAACAGCGUCUGGGAGGAGAGCACCCAGGGGCGGACGAAGCCCUCGCUGGACUCCACAAGAACAGCCCCAGUGCUUGGCCAGCCCGUGGACACUUGGGUGAUUAUCCAGGGCAGCCACACGGGGGCCCGGAGCGUGGAGAAUGUGUAUGUUCACAGUGCAAACCUGUUUCCCAAGGUGGUACCCUCUGCCCUGCAGCCCCCCGCCAAGCAUGCUGCCCUUGUCUCCACCCUUCACCACGUGCUCCUCGGCCUCUUGGAGCUGGUCCACGUGUCCCCUGCAGGGUCACGAUUGGACGUCACCGCUUUGAUCGGGUCACUUCUCUCCCCAGACACCUGCUCUGUCAGCCAGACUUCUCCUAAGCAGCAGAACCAACUCUCCCUCAUCCCGUGUGAUCAGAUGGGUAACCACCCCACUGCCCGCCUCUCCUCGCCACCAGCUCUGCCUUCGUCCCAGCAGGAGGUGUGGCCCCACGCAGUGACCUCGGAGCUCGAGCGGUGA